GGGGGCGCGUGCGGGGGGGCGGGGAGGGCGGCACAUGCGGGGGUGACCUGUGCUGGUGUCCGUGCUGGUGUCCGUGCUGGGGUGCUCACAGGUGUGCCCCCGCAGCACAGGAAGUCCUGGAGAACCUCAAAGACCGCUGGUACCAGGCGGACAACCCCCCGCCGGACCUGCUGCUGACCGAGGACGAGUUCCUGUCCUUCCUGCACCCCGAGCACAGCCGCGGCAUGCUCCGGUUCAUGGUCAAGGAGAUCGUGCGCGACCUGGACCAGGACGGCGACAAGCAGCUCUCGCUGUCCGAGUUCAUCUCCCUGCCCGUGGGCACCGUGGAGAACCAGCACGGCCAGGACAUGGACGACAGCUGGGUGCGGGACCGGCGGAAGGAGUUCGAGGAGCUGAUCGACUCCAACCACGACGGCAUCGUGACCAUGACUGAGCUGGAGGAGUACAUGGACCCCAUGAACGAGUACAACGCCCUCAACGAGGCCAAGCAGAUGAUCGCCAUCGCGGACGAGAACCAGAACCAGCACUUGGAGCCUGAGGAGGUGCUCAAGUACAGCGAGUUCUUCACGGGCAGCAAGCUGGUGGACUACGCCCGCAGCGUGCAUGAGGAGUUCUGAGCUCUGAGGCCGGAGAGCGGAGCCGCCACGGCCCUGCCACGGCGCAGCCACGGCGCAGCCACGGCCCUGCCACGGCGCAGCCACGGCCCCUGCCACGGCCCGGCCACGCCCCGCCACGGCGCAGCCACGGCCCCGCCACGGCGCGGCCACGGCCCCGCCACGGCGCGGCCACGGCCCCGCCACGGCGCAGCUCACCGCCCGCGCGGGGCGCCCGGCCUCGGGGGCUCCCGGCAUCAGUGCGCCCUCCGCCCCAGAGGCACGGACUGCGGCAGAGCCACACUAACUUAUUGACGUGUAGUCUCUCUUCCUCCAGCUUAUUUUUUGGGGACAAAAAUGCAUAAAUGGUGAUUCGGAA